GGGAAGAGGAAGAGAAGAAGAAAAGUUACUAACUUUGAUCAUAAUUAAUGGAGAGAAAUAAGGUUUAUGCUAUAGUGUUCUUCAUUCAAUGUGUUUAUGCAGGCAUGGCCUUAUUCUCCAAAGCAGCCAUUUCCAAAGGAAUGAACCCUUAUGUUUUUGUUGUUUAUAGACAAGCCUUUGCCACCACUGCCUUGGCUCCUUUUGCUUUACUUGUUGAAAGGAACAAGUCUUGUCCCAUGUCCUUCACCUUGUUGUUCAAGAUAUUCCUAGUUUCCUUGUUCGGGAUUACUUUGAGCUUGAAUCUUUAUUACUACGCGAUGACAUACACAUCUGCCACAUAUGCUGCCGCCACGACAAACAUGAUCCCCUCCAUCACCUUUAUCAUCGCGUUUAUCUUCGGAUUGGAAACCAUAAAUAUCAAGAAAUGGAAUGGAGUGGCUAAGAUCAUGGGCACAGUUAUGGGUGUUUGUGGAGCUUUGGUGUUUGCUUUUGUAAAGGGUCCAACUUUGAAUUUUUUCAAGACCAAUCAAAAUAUAAAGAAUAAUAAUAAUAAUAAUGAUAUUAAUUCAAAAGGUGAUCAUGAAUGGGUGAAAGGAUCAUUGCUCAUGCUUCUGGCUAACACUGCAUGGUCUUUUUGGCUUGUUAUUCAGGUUCCUAUAGUCAAACAAUACCCGAUGAAACUAAGGUUGACAGCUCUUCAAUGUUUGUUAAGUUGCUUGCAGUCUACUGUUUUCGCGGUCGCGAUGGUUAGAGAUGUUUCGGAUUGGAAGAUUGGAUGGGAUAUUCAUCUUCUCUCCGUCGCAUAUUGUGGAGUGGUGGUGACUGGAAUUACAUAUUGGUUGCAAGUAUGGGUAAUAGAGAAGAGAGGUCCUGUUUUCACAGCCAUAUUCACUCCAUUAGCACUCCUCUUAACUGCCAUCUUCUCAGCACUUCUAUGGAAUGAGAUUUUUCACUUGGGAAGUGUUUGUGGAGUUCUUUUGCUGGUGGGUGGGCUCUAUGGUGUUUUAUGGGGGAAGAGCAAAGAAAUUAAAUUGGAAACAAUUCAACAAAAGACAGAAGAAACCAAGGAGUUGGAGAGCAUUACUACAACAAAUUAAUUAUAUAUUUAUAUGUAUAUAAAACAAAAUUAAUUAUUAAUAUAUUAAUUGUAAA